AUGGCGCCGCCCGCGGUCUUAAUGGUCGGCACGGGCGAGUAUACCACGGGGUUCGUCUCAGGGGCAGCUUCCACGUCGGAUAAGAAAGUGGGUGUUGUUGGAUUGACGCUGUUCGACCUGCGCCGUCGCGGCAAAGUCUCAGAUCUGUCCAUGGUGGGCGUCUCAGGCAGGAAGUUCCCAGCAAUACGAGAGCAUCUCCAGAAGAACAUUUCCGAAGCGUACAACGGCCUCGACGUGUCUUUCAAGUCGUUUCCACGCGACGACCAGUCCGACCCGGAAGCCUUCAAGACAGCCAUCGACGCCCUGCCCAGGGGAUCGGCCGUCACCAUCUUCACUCCGGACUCGACACACUACGACAUCGCAAAGUACGCGGUCGAACGUGGCCAUCACGUCCUGCUGACCAAACCGGCGACCAAGCUCUUGUCGCAUCACCUCGAUCUCCUCGCGCUGGCGGAGGAGAACAAGGUCUUCGUCUACGUCGAGCAUCACAAGCGUUUCGACCCGGCGUACGCGGAUGCCAAGUUCAAGUCCAAGAAUCUGGGCGACUUCAACUACUUCUACAGCUACAUGUCGCAGCCCAAGUCGCAGCUCGAGACCUUCAAGGCCUGGGCCGGCAAGGAGUCCGACAUCUCAUACUACCUCAACUCCCAUCACGUGGAUAUUUGCGAGUGGAUGGUCCGCGACGCUGGGUGGCGGCCUUUGAAUGUGCGCGCCAGUGCGAGUCUCGGCAUCUCCGAAAGUGUAGGUUGCGCGAAGGGGACGGAGGAUACCAUCACGUUACUUGUCGACUGGGCACGUCAAAGUGAUGACAAACGCGCUACGGGGAUCUACACGGCAAGCUGGACGGCGCCCAUGAACGCCGGGGUCCACUCGCAACAGCACUUCCACUACAUCGCCUCCAAGGGCGAGAUCAAUGUCAACCAGGCGAAGCGCGGCUACGAUGUGGUCGACGAGAACGAUCGAUCCGGCAGUUCCCUGAAGUGGUACAACCCUUUUUACAUGCGGUACGCGCCAGACGAGGAAGGCAACUUCAACGGCCAGAGCGGGUACGGGUACGUGAGUUUCGAAAAGUUCAUCGACGCUGUCACGGCCGUGAACGAGGGCAGAGUCACCCUCGACCAGCUGGACAAGAGAGGCUUGCCCACGCUCAGGAACACCAUCCUCACGACCGCCAUCUUGGAGGCUGGACGCAGGAGUCUCGACGAGCGUGGCCGAUCGGUUGAGAUUGUCGUGGGCGAAGGUGAUACGGUGGAACUGAGGUGA